AUGUCCCAAAUGCCCAAGCCGGGCUUACUGAACAGCAUCGCAGAGGAGGCCCACUGUGGAGCACACCUACAGGCAUUGCAGCUCUUCUGUGAUGACGACCAAGUCACACUUUGCAGCAAGUGUGUCCAGUCUCCUGAGCACAUGCAACAUGUGAUACUUGGGAUACAGGAGGCUGCUGAGUAUUAUAGGAAGUUACUCCAGGAAACACUGGUUAUUUUGAAGGAGAAGCUGGAAGCAGCUAAAAGCUUACUGGCUGAAGAGCAAGAGAGAAUGGUGAUGAUUCAGGAAGAAGAGCAGAGGUUCAAAGAGAUGGUCCGGGCUGAGUACAAGAUGAGAUUCCGGUUGCUGACUGGCCAGGUGGAGCUGCCCGCUCUCGGACUGCCAGCCUGCACCUUUGAGGAGGACGUGAAAGAAGCUCAUGAGAACCAGCUGAGGAAGUUUAGUACUGAGCUCGAGCACAAGUCGCAGGAAAUGAUCCGGGAACUUAGCAACCUGGGGAGACAAAACAUGAACAAACUGAAGACCAGUGAAGUCUGUGCUUCUAAGUUCCUCGGCAGCCUCCAGGAGACCAUCGCGGACCUAGAGAAGAAGUGUGGGGAAUCUGCCGUAGCAUUGCUCCAGAAUGCAAAGCACUGUUUAAAAAGGAGUGAGUCUCUAUUGCUUCAGAGCCCAAAGCCAGCUCACAUCACAGACCUGAGUUCAUGCCUGUUAAUAAAAAUGAAGAAGGCACUACUAAGGUUCCAAAGAGAUAUAACUUUGGACCCAGGCACAGCUCAUUCUUCCCUUGUCUUAUCUGAGGACCUGAGAAGCAUGGGAUUUGGAACUAUAUCACAGAGUGUGCCUGACACCCCAGGGAGAUUUGACUUCAGUGCUUCCGUGUUGGGUGCAGAGAGCUUCAGCUCAGGGAGUCAUUAUUGGGAAGUUGCUGUGGGACAGGCAACACAGUGGCAGUUGGGCAUAUGUGACUGUACAGAGAGAAAGAACAACAUACCCCAGGCUUCCGGAGAUGAUAAGUUCUUGCUCAUGGGGUCCAUGAUGGGGACUGAUUACACCUUCUGGGUCUUUCCCCCCUUAAGAAAAGUCUGUAUAAGAACACAAAUGUACAAAGUUGGAGUCUUCCUUGACUGUGACUGUGGCCAGGUAUCCUUCUACAAUGUGACAGAGAAAUCCCUUAUUUACAGUUUCUGUGACCUUACCUUCCGAGGAGCAGUUAAACCUAUAUUUUCUCUUUGUAUUCCAAAUGGAGACAUGAGUUCAAACUCUCUGACUGUCUGUCUCCCUCAAAUCCAUCCCUGAAAUGCUGCUGUUGGCUCUUCAUCUUUCUGAGUGGGAAGCCCAAGAUCAUAAGAGGCCAGAAAAUAAGACUAAGACUUCACAAAGCAUUUGUGUAAUUAAUCCAAUAAAGCUCAAGAUUUUUUUUUUGGUAAUGUGGCUUUCAACACGUGUUCCGUGGAAGAAGUUAUAUUUAAGUUGAAUAAUUGAUGGGGUCAUCUGAUGGUUCAGGGGACCAAGGCACUUGCGGCCAAGAUUGACAACCUGAGUUCAAUCCCUGGAUCCCACAGAAUAGAGUGAACGGACUCCCAAAAGUUGUCUUCUGACAUUCAUGUGCAUACUGUGACAGUUGGUUAUUGCCCCUGUGCCACUA